AUGGAAGUCUGUAAGUUCCAGUAAGUGCCAAUGGUCGAAAUCAAUGGAAUGAAGAUAGUACAGACCAGAGCUAUUCUCAACGACAUUGCCACCAAAUAUGACCUCUGAGGGAAAGACAUAAAGGAGAGAGCCCUGUUUGAUAUGUACACAGAAGGUAUGGCAGAUUUGAAUGAAAUGAUCCUUGUUUUGCCUCUGUGUCCACCUGAUCAGAAAGAGGCCAAGAUUGCCCAGAUCAAAGAGAAAGUAACAGAUCGUUAUCUCCCCGUGUUUGAAAAAGUGUUAAAGAGCCACGGACAAGACUACCUUGUUGGCAACAGGCUGAGCAGGGCUGACAUUCACCUGGUUGAACUUCUGUACUAUGUGGAAGAGCUUGACCCCAGCCUUAUGGCCAACUUCCCUCUGCUGAAGGCCCUGAAGACCAGAAUCAGCAAUCUCCCUCCCGUGAAGAAGUUUCUGCAGCCUGGCAGCCAGAGGAAGCCUCCUAUCAGUGAGGAAGAUUUAGAAAAAGCAAGGAAGAUUUUCAGGAUUAAAUGA